AUGGGAGGAGGCAAGGGCCAUCCAUCACAUUGUCCGGACGCCCAGGAAUACAUUGUCGACUUUGAUGGCCCGGACGAUAUUUUGAACCCGCAGAACUGGCCAACAUGGACAAAGUUGUACAUUGCUGUUGCUAUCUGCAGUGGAACAUUUGUGGCAUCUUUCAACAGCGCAAUCUUUGCCGCAGGAUCCAAUCAGGCGAGCAGAGAGUUCGGUGUGUCCAGUGAAGUCACAACUCUCGGAACAAGUUUGUUUGUACUCGGUUUCGCCUCUGGACCUCUAGUUUGGGCGCCUGGCUCUGAGCUCAUAGGAAGACGUUGGCCUAUGAUCCUCGGCAUCUUUGGCUCCUCAAUCUUCACCAUUGGCUGUGCGGCCGCUAAAGACAUCCAGACACUGAUUAUCUGCCGGUUCUUUGCCGGUUUGUUCGGAGCAAGUCCACUUUGCGUAGUUCCUGCUGUCCUAGCGGAUAUCUAUAACAGCAAGUAUCGAGGCAUGGCGAUUUCCAUCUACGCACUUACAGUAUUCGGAGGACCAUUUCUGGCACCUUUUAUCGGCGCAUUCAUAACGACAAGCUAUCUCGGUUGGCGCUGGACAUUGUAUCUACCCGCAAUAUCAGGCUUCUUCAACGCCGCGAUUCUGCUCCUCUUCCUCAAAGAAGUGGAGUUUGAUGUCAACUCUGUGAUCCGGAAUUAUCUUACCCGACCUAUACGAAUGCUGAUUACAGAGCCGAUUGUUCUUUUGGUUUCUUUGUACAUGUCUUUCAUCUAUGGCUUGGUCUACGCACUGCUUGGUGCGUAUCCCUACGUAUUCGAAAGCGUGUAUGGGAUGCAGCCAGGAGAAGCCAAUUUACCAUUUCUUGGCCUUUUCAUCGGUGUGGUUUUGGCAGUGCUGUCUAUUCUCGCCCAGCACAAGUCGUAUCUACGGAAGGUGCAGGAGAAUAAUGGAAAGAUCGUGCCAGAAUGGCGACUGCCGCCUGCAAUGGUUGGAGGGACCAUAUUCACGAUCGGUCUGUUCUGGUUCGCAUGGACAGGGUUCAAUCCAGAUAUCCAUUGGAUAGUCCCUACUGUAGCUGGAGUUUUCAUCGGGUUCGGAGUCCUUUGCAUCUUUCUUCCAUGCUUCGACUACCUUGUAGACGCUUACCUACCAAUGGCAGCAUCUGUCGUAGCGUCAAACAUCAUGCUUAGGUCCGCCGUGGCUGCUGGCUUCCCCUUGUUUUCUAAACAGAUGUUUCGAAAUCUUGGAGUGCAGUGGGCGGGAACGUUGCUGGGAUGUCUUGGAGCUGUGAUGGUCCCCAUUCCUGUGCUAUUCUGGUUGUACGGUUCAAGAUUGAGAAGCAAGAGCAGGAUGUUGAUGCAUGAUUCUUCGUCAUGA